UUUCAUAGAGCAAAGAUACUAUAUUUCCUGUCGUAGUAAGACAUACUUAUUUGUAGUACAAGCUUCAUCACAAGCAUUAAUAUUUACUUUGAUAAAAUACAGUCGCAAUGUUCCUCCACGUGUUUCAUUUUUUUCUUGUGAUUCAAUUAACAGCCUCGGAAUUCAAAGAGCUCCAUACGAAGCAACAUCCUACGUGGUCAACAUAUUAUUCAGUUAAUCCGAAAGACUGUUCAAAAGAGGAGUUGCUACGUAAGUUCCCGCACAUAUACAGAACGGACAGCCAUUCCAAUUUUACGAUUGGUCCACCGGAGAACUUUACAGUGACCCUCAUUGAGCGUGAAGCUCUGAAGCGAGGUGGAGAGAAAAAUCGCCACUAUCCCGGUGCGGUUAUCUCGUUUUAUCCUCCUGAAAAUGAUGAGAAACAUGUUACUGGAUAUGAAAUACGUUUGUACAAAAAUAAAGGUUAUGUCUGCAUUGUAAUGGACAUCACACAAAGCACGGCCCCGCUUCAAGACAAAGUAGAGCUAGAGUUAUUUCCCUUGUUUGGUCUAACGCACUAUCAGCUGACGGCAUGGAGUUUGCCACCGUAUAGUGAGGAACAGCGUACUAAUACUACUGACCUGGUAACAGGGGUGUAUGGGUUAUAUAAGACAGAAACCACGCCCACGCCUCCGUCUGCUAACUGGCAUGCGUCUGUUGCAUAUCACGUCAUUGAUGACGUAAUAUCAAACGAAACUGUGCGGUCAGUGGAAAUGGUAAUGAGCAGUCCGCCUCCGGAGUACAACUUCCAGCUGUUUGAGAUAGUCCUUGUGCCUACAGACGGGGUCUCGGACAUUCGCAAAGCAAGGACAUCAAAACUUUACCAAGUGUUUGAAAAUAUUACAGUUGGAAACUACAAAGUGAUGAUGUGGCCUGUAGACGAAUAUUUUUCACAGACUGACCGGUGUCUUUGUAAACAGGCGGAUGGGACAUGUUCAAACUGCCUCACUACAGUUUUAGACAUUGUAAUCGAGUAAUUCGUCUUGAUGUCUAAAAUAGGUAUUUUUACCUAUGAAUUAGAAGAAAUUGUGUAAUUAUUACGUAAAUGACGUCACACAUGACGCACAAACGAUGACGGGGAAAUAGUGUCUGUCUUAUUAAUGGUCAUUGCUUUUUUACCAUUUCUUGAGUGACAUAGUGUGUUUUAUUUAAAGAUUUACAACAAUAAUGACUUUAAAAAACUGAAUAAUCUGUAGGAUUAUUUGUGACACUGUCUUGAGAAUACCCAUGAAAAUGGUCUUGAUUAUCGGCAACAGCCCUAGUUUGUUUUCAGAAAUCGACGUUGUAUAUUGAGUUAACAUUCUUAUUGGACGUCGUAUUGGCGUCACCUCAUUCCUUUAUUCCUAGCGGCAUUUCUUUGGGGAUAAUACAAUAGAUAUUUUGUCUGAAUUGUACAGAAAAAUUGUAAAUUGUAAUGUACAUACCUUUUAGUGAACUGCUAUUUUCUUUUGUGUUGACAUGGAGCCAGAUUCCGGGCACGUUCUAAUUUCGGACAGAUCUACUUUUCGUUAAGGUGGGGCUUGUUUUUUCUAGUUUCGUUUUGUUGUGUUUGUUUUUUUUCUCUCAGAAAUUCAGUGUUUCAUUUGAAAAGAAGUUUCAUAUUUGACUUGUAGAUAUGAAUUUUACUAAGAAAUUUGAAAUCCCGACAGAGUAUGAAUUGUUCACGGACCUGGUCCUGAUUUCCGUCCGGAAACUGGUUCCUUUCUUCUUUAUGUAGAUGUUUAGGCCAGUAAAACAUGUUUUAUGUAGAAAUAAAUGCUUAAAUAAACAGAAA